AUGGUCGAGGACGAUCGCUCUCCUGUCGCGACUACGGCGGAUAGUCCUUCCGCGAGCGCAUCGAACACAGAGCAACAGACUGCCGAGUCGUCGAGGACGGAGCGGAAAGAAACAAACAAAGUGGAAGAAAACAAUGGAGGAGAGAACGAUAAGCAGAGUAAUCCCGAAGCUGAGGACGAGAAGCAAGGUGAGGACAGACUUGAAGAAAAAGAGGAGGAAGAAGAGAACAAAGCUACCGCAGAAGAAGAUGCGCCACCAUUGCCAGACGAAGAAGUACCGCCACUUCCCGACGAGGUGCCUCCAGGCCAAGACACAGAAGGGGACGAUGGAUGGGAGCCAGUCUGGGACGCAAAUGCACAGGCAUUCUAUUUCUACAAUCGGAUUACUGGGGUAUCGCAAUGGGAAAACCCUCGCGUACCGGAUGCUGCCGCUGCUGCUGCAACGGCUCAAACAAGUCAAACGGAGGUCGAACCAGUCGCCCUUGGAGGAGGCUACAAUCCCGCAAUUCACGGCGAUUACGAUCCUACGGCUCCAUAUGCCCAACAAUACGAACCAGAUACGCAACAAUCACACGCCGCGACAGCAGGCCAAUUACAAUCCUACGCCGCCACGGGUGCAUUCAAUCGCUUCACAGGCCGAUGGCAAGACUCAACAUUGACACCCGAGAACUUCAAUGACGAGAAUAAAUCGCGACGGCAAAUGAAUGCUUAUUUUGAUGUUGAUGCUGCCGCGAAUAGUCAUGAUGGGAGAAGUCUCAAGGCUGAGCGGAGUGGAAAGAAGCUUAGCAAGGCUGAAGUUAAGGCUUUUCGGGAGAAGAGGAGAGAGCGAAAGGAGGAGAAGCAUCGAAAGCUCUACAACCUCCCCAAACCUUACAUUCCAUCCACGCCACCAGCGACAAACCGCGAGAACAAGAAGCUUCCAACAAGAAAGACAAAAAAAAUGUCGAAAGCAUACACCACCAACCCUCCAGCCCCUGUGGCCCUCUCCUUCGACGAAAUCGACGAACUCAUUUACAACGCCCGCCUUGGCGACAUUUCGGGCUUGAAAGACGAAAUCUCAAAAUCUGCUGCGGAACACAACGUCUCUGCAUCGACGAUAAUCAGAUCUGCUCUGGAUACCGAGGAGGAGAGUGAAGGUGGCACUGGAGCUUGUCUUUUGCAUUGGCCUGCUGCGAAUGGGAAUGUUGAACUUUUGAAUUAUCUAUUACAAACCCUCACAGCACCCGAGGCGGGUCUCACCCCUGAAGAAUUCGCAUCUUUCAUCAACUACCGCAAUUACACAGGCAACACACCCCUGCACUGGGCCGCCCUAAACACGCAUCUGGACUGCGUCAAGGCCCUCGUUGAAGCUGGUGCGGACAUAAGCCUCAAGAACGACGCGGGCCACGAUGCACUCUUCCUCGCUGAGCGCGCAGAUUGGUCCGUUGUCGACGAAGAUGAUAACGACGACAGCAAUAAUAAUGAGAAAGAAGAAGAGAUUGAGAUUGAGUUGAAUGCACAAAAAGAAGAAGAAGAUGAUGGAAAGCCGGCGCCGCCCCCGACGAAAGCCAGGCUGGUGGUCGAGUGGUUGUUGAGUUGUGAUAAGGGUGCUGGGUUUGAGGAGCCUGUUGGCAAUAAACAGGAAGAAGACGCAAAGAUGGAGGAUGCUCAAUAG